AUGAAUGUUUACCGGGAUGCUACAUGGGUGCUAGAGUAUGUUGAAGAGGAGGAUAAGAAGGGUAGAAUUGAAGGCUCGAUGCAAUCCUUGGUUCUCAGAGCAUGCACAAGGUAUAAGCUGAAGAGUAAUCCAAAACAUAUUUAUGCAUUGGUGGAUUCUGCAUGGAAAUAUAAGCCUUAUUUGGAAAUCAUCAUGAAGAAAUCAGACAUUCUAAAGGACAUUCCAAAGAAGAAAGGGAGCCCAAUGUAUUCAAGGCUGACAGUACUUUUGCUCUGUCACGACUUGUUAUUUUCCAAACAGAAGAGAAUACAAAUGGGGAAGUUACCCAUCAAAGAAUACGUUUUGAAACAUAAGACGAGGCUUCAUAGUGAGCUGGUCAAAUUGAAGUUGAAGCUUAAAGUGAAAGAUCUGAGUCAACUAAUUGAAAAAGAGGAGAUUUCAAAUGAUGUAACCCCAGUGAGGUGGAUAAGAAUAAAUCCACUUAGAUGUCCGGGAAAUGAUGUAAAUUCUGUCUUAGCGGAGCUGGAAAAAAAAUUUACGCAGCGAGUGGACCAUUGGAAAGAUAUUGUGCCAGGAUGUAUAUAUCAUGAUGAUUUCAUCCCUAACGUUUUCGGUAUACAUCCACAAGACAAAAUUACCUCUCAUGAACUGUAUCGUCAGGGUAAAGUGAUAAUACAGGACAGAGCCUCGUGUUUUCCAGCUCAUAUAUUGAACCCAGAUAAAAACGAUGUUAUCAUAGAUGCAUGUGCUGCUCCUGGAAAUAAGACAACUCAUGUAGCGGCUCAUCUUCUUCCAAAAUGUGAAAAGGGCCAACUCACUAAAAUAUAUGCGUUUGAAAAAGAGCCGAGAAGAGCUCAAGUAUUACAAAAAAUGACCAAUAUUGCUGGUUGUGGUAAAGCGGUCAAAAUUAACGUUGGUGACUUUACAAAACUUGCAAUUCCGGACCAAUAUAAAGAUGUCACGGGUCUAAUUUUAGAUCCCAGCUGCUCCGGUAGUGGAAUAUUUGGGAGGAAAUAUGUCGAUUCUCUAAAUAGGGCCAAGCGUUUACAAGAUCAAGAGAAAAAACAUCAACAAAAUGACAAGGAAGAAAAUGAUCUUAUCCUAGAAGAAGAAGAGCAGGCGGUCGCUUCGGAUGACCCAGACUUGCAAAGUCGUCUAUCUAAGCUGUCUUCCUUUCAAUUCCAGGUAGUAAAACAUGCAAUGAGUUUACCUAAUGCCAAAAAAAUUGUCUACAGCACUUGUUCAGUACAUCCAGAAGAGAAUGAAAAAGUGGUGAUAGAUUUACUACUAGAUAGAAAAGUUCAGGAAUGGGGUUGGAAAGUUGCUGGGCGAGAAAAUGUGAUUCCUGAUUGGCCGAGAAGGGGUAUCAAGGGAGAGUUUGACCAAGUUUUUAGGAAGGAAACUGCGAAAUGCCAAGAAUUGGCUGAUAGUUGUAUCAGGGCAUUGCCAAGGGAAGACGGAGGCAUAGGUUUUUUUGCAGUCUGCUUUGAGAGAUAA